UACUGUUUUUUUGAUCUGUCAAGCGUGAAGAUACACGUGUGUUGGCCCUGUUUUUUUUUAUCUUUACAACUUGCAUACGCUUGGCGGGAAGCGCGCGCCAUGGAAAGCGAAUACGAGAGCUCAUCGCACAUACCAGUAUCCUCAACUCUUGCUGCGGCUGCAAGGCCACACACGGAACCGCGCAUGCUUGGUGCUUUGCACAUGUUGGAAGCUGCCAACUCUUUUACGGAACUGCAAUCCCAUGGCUCAUCGCACAUACCAGUAUCCUCAACUCUUGCUGUGGCUGCAUGGCCACACAUGGAACCGAGCAUGCUUGAUUCACCGUACAGUCCAGGACCCGCAUAUCUGACCGGGGCUACAAGGUCACAAAAAGACCCAAAAGUGCUCGCAUCGAUCAAAUCGUAG